AUGAAAGCUAAUUAAUUGCUAGAUGCCAUUAAAAGUGUUGACAUUUACGGAGUUCCUAUUGGGGUUAAUUUCAAAAACGAGUAAACCUAUAAAACACUAUUUGGAGCUAUGAUGUCUAUUUCUAUAUUUAUUCUUUUUGGGUUUUAGUGUUAUCUUUCUUGCUAAGCACUAUUUAAUAAGAGUGAUCCUUAAAUAAUAACAAGCGAGUAAUAUGUGCGUAACCCUCAAAGAAUGGACUUCGACAAAGUACAGUAAACAGUUAUGAUGGGAUUUAGUACGCCUUAAAGCUAAUUCCUUAAUGAUCCUACAAUUUUUUAAGUAUCUGCUGUUCAAUCAAGUAUUAGAAAUAUUUAUAACCAAACUUCUAAGGGUUAUGAUAAAAUUUAACAGAACACACCUUUAAGGAUAAGACCUUGCACUAUUGAUGAUGUAAAAGUAGAAAAAGUUAAAAAUUACUUCAGUAGUCUAAAACUAAAUUAACUCUUUUGUUUUGAUGAUAACUAAGAAGUCUACAUUGAAGGAGACUAUUCUGGUGAUAUCUACUCUAGAGUCGAUGUUUACUUCACUCAAUGCGUAAAUUCAACAUCAAAUAACCAAAUAGUGUGCAAGCCUCAAAAAUAAAUUGAUAAGGUUCUCUCAAAUGUAAGUUUUCUUGUUUAUAUGAUGGAUAAAAUAUUAGAUCCUAGCAAUUUCGAUAGUCCAUUUGACAUCUAAGGAUUUAACUUAUAAGCAUAAGCUUCAAAUCAGCAGUCAUAGCAAUACACAGCUUAUUUUGAAAAUUAUUACAUAGAUUCAGAUAUUGGCAUCAUAUCAUAAGAGAUUGAAAAAAAGAGAGAUUUUAUAUUUAAAAAUACAGACACAACAAUUAUUUAUAAUAAACCUUCGCUGGUUAUGUAAUUCACAAUGAGACCCUAUAAAAAUAAGCAAAUGUUUAUGCUCAGAAAAUAUGUUAAAUUUACUGAUUUAAUUUCUUAGUUGGGAGGAUUUCUCAAAUUUUUAACGCUUAUAGGGUUUAUUUUAUCACAUCCCUUUGCUAAAUUAUACUUGAAUAAAGAAAUAAUUAACAGUGUCUUUGAUUUCUAAAUCUACUAAAGUAUGAGUGAUUAAUAAGAUAAUGCUGAUGCUUAAAAAAUUAAUAAUUAGAAUGCAAUUAAUUCAGAAUUAAUAAGCAAAGAAAAGAAUGUUACUGAUCAAAUUUAAUCUGAUUAAUUAAAUCUAUAAAUUGGGUAGAAAAAUGCUCCUUCUUCAGAAAAAUCUAAAUUAAAAAUUAUAUAAGAAAAAAAAAGACAAUCGAUAUUUCAGUAUUAAUAGCAGCAUUUGUUAAGAUAAUCUUACAGCGAUUAACUUAACAGUAAAAUUUUAUAAGUAAAAAGCACCUAAGAAUAAAAUAAACUUGCUCAUAAUAGCGAGGAUGCUCAAAAUGUGACAUUGGGUUUACCUAAAAGCUCAAUAUCAUAGAUAAUAACUUCACCUUUGAUUUAGCCAAUUAGUAAAAAUACUACAUUUAACGUUUUAAAACUAGACUCGAUCAAAUAAAAAUGUUUAAGUCAUACAGUGCUCAGUGAAAGUGAUGCUCAUAAAAACGAUAAAUAGAGCUCUGAUAAUUUAUAAUUAUAGACUUAAAUGUUAACGAGCAUUCAAAAACUGCUAAAUCCUAUCAAAAAUAUUUUAAGAUUAUCUCCUUUCGAAUAUAUUUCUUAUUUUAUCACCCAAUUUUCUAAAAAUAUGAAGCAAAAAAAAAUAUUAAUAGAACAAGGAGUUAAGAAAGUUUAAAAUCGUUUAGAUAUUUAAAAUAUUCUUAAUAAACUUUAAGAAAUAGAAAAACUGAAAUUAAUUCUUUUAAAUGAAGAUUAAAUAAAGUUAUUCGAAAUUUUACCAAGACCUGUUUUAAAAAAUGAUGGAAAUAGUACCUCAAAGCAUUAGUCAAACUAAUUUUACAAUACUGUGCACAAAACUUAUGAGCAAAAAGUGGAUGACGCAUAUGGAAGUCUCAUCAAAAUUUUAAGCAAAAAUAAAAAAUCGUAAAGAGAUAUUUAAUUGAUUUAGCUUUUAGAUGAAAAUAUUUACAAAGCUGUAAACAGUUCUGGCCUUUUAACUGAAAAAGAAAGUAACUAGAAAUAAGAAUAAAGUAAAUAUAAUUAUUCAGAUGAAAUAUUGGAAGAAAAUAAUUAAAUAAAGUCAUCUAAUAACUCUAUUUUCUUCAAGCAAAAAAGUAGAACUAGCAAAGAUUUUGAUGAAAAUGAAGAAGAUUCAGAUUAAUUAUCACCUAAAAGUUAAAUUCCUGAAGAAAAUAAAAUGAAAAAUAUUUAUUAAAACUUUUAUAGGCAACUAAAAAGAAACUAAUCAUGCGCAUCUUGA